AUGCUUCCGGGCCUUGCGGACACCUCUGCUGGCAGGCAGACCUGCCUUCAUGAUUACAGGGUCCUGAGGACCCUUGGCGAGGGCUCCUUCAGCAAGGUGAAGCUGGCCCUGCACAUCCCCACCGGGACGGAGGUGGCCGUAAAGAUCAUCUCUAAGAAGGAGCAGAGUGCCUUCACUGCCAAGAACCUUCUGUGUGAGGUCCACAGCUUGAAGACACUGCGUCACCCCCACAUUGUGGGCCUGCUGGAGGUGAUCAGCACGGAGGACACUCUGUUCCUGGUGACGGAAUUCGUCAGCGGAGGCGACAUGCACGACCACCUGAUGAAGCACGGCCCCCUGACAGAGGAGGAGGCACGCGACCGGUUCCGGCAGCUCGUCUCAGCUCUGCAGUACUGCCACCGCCGGGGCGUCGUACACCGGGACCUGAAGCCGGAGAACGUGCUCCUGGACCCGGCGGGGAGCGCGAAGCUGGCCGACUUCGGCCUCUGCAGCCUGGAGUCCGGCCGGCUGCUGAGCACGUACUGCGGCACCGUCUACUACGCGGCCCCCGAGGUCCAGCGGCUGGAGCCCUACGACGGCCCCCCGGCCGACGUCUGGAGCCUGGGCGUGCUGCUGCACGUCACGCUCACCGGGUCCCUGCCUUUCCAGGGGGAGGACUUCGGCGCCGUCCAGCGGAGCGUGCUCAGCGGGGCCUACUCGCCGCCCCUGCUGCUCUCGCCCGAGUGCGCGCAGCUGCUGAGAGGCAUGCUGACCCUCGACCCCGGGAAGAGGAAGACCUUACAAGAGGUGAUGGGGGACCCGUGGGUCAACUGGGGCCGGCCGAAGCUGAGGCCACAUCGGCCGCUGCCUUGUGACACGAGGGACUCCUGGGUGACAGAGACAAUGAUAACAAUGGGAUUUCAGUGGAGUGACAUCCAGGAGUCCCUCAGAAAAAGGAGGUAUAACCAUGCAAUGGCCGUCUUCCUGAUCCUGAAGGCCCAGAAGCCCCAGGGGGAUGGCCACGCCAGCACCGGGAGGUCCCUCCCCUGCGCCGAGGCCAGCAGCUGCAGCUCUUUGCCACCCUGGGUGGCGCAGCUGAGGGCCUCGGCGCGCCCCAGAAGACGCGGUGGCAGUGAGCCUGUUCUGCCCACCUGGCUCCGCGAGGCAGGCUGUCAGCGGCCUGAGAAGCAGGAGCCAGGGCUGAAGGCCGCAGAGCCUGCCGGAGCCCUACCCCGCCUGCAGUCGGGCACCGCCACCCCCAGCACAACCCCGCUGCAGGUCCCCAGCCUGGUCCCCUCCACCCCCAGCGCCAGCACCAGCGGUGGGGCCCGGGAGGGCAGCUGCCGAGGAGACUCCCAGCAGGCCGGGCAGCCCAGUGGGGGUGCCCCAGCCUCUCCCUCUGGCCGCAGCCAGGGCCGGGGGGGUGCCACUAGGAGGCUCCUCAAGGUGCUGCGAGGCCUGUGCUGUUGCCUGCCGAGCAAGAUCUGGCACCGCAAGCUGAACAGGGUGCGGCCCAGGUGA